UGGUUUAGAAAUUUGGUGCAUAGAGAAGUUUCGGCUGGUUCCAGUCCCAAAGUCUAAACACGGGAAAUUUUUUUCUGGAAGUGCAUAUGUAAUUUUGAAUACAGUUCUGCAUAUAAGUGGCAUUCCUCGGCAUGACAUUCAUUAUUGGCUCGGAAAUGAUGCAAACGAGGAGGACACAGCCCUGGCAUCAGACAAAGCUCUUGAAUUGGAUGCAACCCUCGGCUCCCAUGCUGUACAAUACAGGGAAGUGCAAGGCCAAGAAACAGAAAGGUUCUUGUCAUACUUCAAACCCUGUAUCAUCCCAGUUGAAGGAGUCUUUUCUACGGAACCAGGACAUGUAGACAGUGUAAAAUACCAAGUCACCUUGUUAAGGUGCAAGGGAGAUCGUAAUGUUCACGUUGAAGAAGUGCCUUUUAUUCGAUCAUCGUUGAACCACAGUGACGUUUUUGUACUUGACACAGCAUCCAAAAUUUUCCUCUUUAGUGGAUGCAACUCCAGUAUACAAGAAAGAGCUAAAGCUUUGGAGGUUGUUCAGUAUAUCAAAGAGAAUAAACACAGUGAAAACUGUGAGAUUGCAACUAUAGAUGAUGGAAAAUUUGUUGGUGAUUCUGACGUGGGGGAAUUCUGGAGCUUAUUUGGUGGCUAUGCUCCCAUUCCUCGGGACUUGUCCUCCACUGGUCUGGAACAACCUGAAAUUUCAAAUGUAAAACUGUUCUGGGUAUCAACCCAGGGAAAACUAUGUCAGAUUGGGACUGAUACUUUGAAUAAAGAGAUGCUUGACUCAAACAAGUGCUAUAUGUUGGAUUCUGAUACUGAGCUUUUUGUUUGGAUGGGAAGAACUACCUCAAUUACGGAACGGAAGACAUCAAUCUCAGCUGUCGAAGAUUUCCUCAGGUCUCAGGGCAGAUCAGUUGGUACCCACUUAACAUUUUUAGCUGAAGGAUCAGAAACUGCUAUAUUUAGGUCAUACUUUGGCGACUGGCCUCAAACUCUAGAGCCAAAGUUGUAUGAAGAAGGUCGAGGAAAAGUAGCAGCAAUAUUUAAGCAGCAUGGUUAUGAUGUGAAAGAGCUUCCCGAUGAAGAUGACCAGCAAUUUAUGGAUUUUAGUGGCACACUAAAGGUUUGGCGGGUAAAUGGUCACGAAGUAUUCCUUCUGCCUCUCGCGGAACAGACCAAGCUUUUCAGUGGGGACUGCUAUAUUGUUCAGUUCAUAUAUCCUGGCGAUGGAAGGGAUGAGAAUCUAUUCUAUACUUGGUUUGGUCGCAGGAGUGUAAUGGCUGAUAGGACCGAUGCAAUCUCCCAUAUGCAUGCUAUCACAAAUGCAACCAAGGGAGAACCAGUUAUGGCUCAAAUUGUUGAGAAAAGGGAACCGACUCAUUUUUUCCUGAUUUUCCAGAGAUUGAUUAUUUUUAAGGGAGGUAUGAGUACAAGAUACAAGAGUGUUAUAGCAGAAAAAGGUAUUGCAGAUGAAACUUAUGAUGACACUAGGACGGCUCUAUUCCGAGUUCAAGGAACAAGUGCAAAUAACAUGCAAGCCAUCCAAGUUGAUCAAGUUUCAAGUUCUCUUAAUUCAUCCUAUUGUUACAUCCUGAAGACGAAGACAUCUAUCUUCACUUGGGUCGGGAGUCUCUCCUCUGCCAUAGACCAUGAUCUUCUUGACAGAAUGCUCGAUCUAUUGAAUUCCACAUGGCAACCUAUACUGGUGAGGGAAGGUAGUGAACCUGAUGUUUUCUGGAAUGCAUUGGGUGGAAAGGCGGAAUAUCCAAGGGAAAAGGACAUUAAAGGAUAUUCAGAAGAUCCACAUUUGUUUAUAUGUGCCUUUACUACAGGUGAUUUCAAGGUGAAAGAGAUUUUCAAUUUCUCACAAGAUGAUUUAACCACUGAAGAUGUCUUAGUGCUGGACUGCCACUCUGAAAUCUAUGUUUGGUUAGGGCGCCAUUCGCAUGUUGAAUCAAAGCAACAAGGCCUUAAUCUUGGCAUGAAGUUCCUUGAAAAGGACAUUCUUGUUGAAGGACUUUCUUCAGAGACCCCUGUCUAUGUUGUUACAGAAGGGUAUGAGCCACCAUUCUUCACUUUCUUCUUUGAAUGGGAUUCCUCAAAGGCAAAUAUGCUUGGUAACUCCUUUGAGCGGAAGCUUGCUAUGUUAAAGGGAAAAGCACAAAACUUGGAAAAAUCUUUAAGAAGUUCAUGGAAAGCACACUCUUUGGAGACUACGCCAGAUGAGAGAAGCCGCUCUCUCAGUGUCAAUGGGCUGGGAAGAAGUUCAUCUCCUGCGUCCAGAUUUUCAGACUCUCAUUCUUCGGAUAAUCACCACCUUUCCAGCCCAACUCCAAUUCCCAGACAUCUUUUUUCAGGAUCUUCUCCUGAUUCUGUUAAUGCUGGUUCUGUAGCAAAUGUGCCCAGUGCUCCUUCCGGGAAUGCUGCUAUCGUGCAGGUAGAUCAAAGUGAGGCCAAUAUAAACGUUCUAAUCUAUCCAUAUGAAAGACUAAAAGUGGGGUCAACUGACCCAGUAACGGGCAUAGACAUCACCAAAAGAGAGGUAACAGCUUUCUUAUUCGUUGAGAUACAGCAGAACUUGCUUCAUUCUUUUAAGAAACCUUGUUUUCAGGGAAAUGAGUUAAAAUAA